AGAGUGCGGCUGAGUGUUUGUUUACCUUCCCGGACGGACACUCAUGGCGGCGGCGGCGGGGCGGGACCCAACGCAACUAUAAUCCGCCUUUCAUGCCUCGUAGCAGCUAACGGUGACCAUGAAGAGGGUGGUGCUCUUCAGAAAUGGCUCGGGCGUGGACGGGAAGGUGGUGCUGGUGACACACUCACUGGAGGAGCUGCUGGUGGAGGCAUCACAGAAGCUGGGGAUAUGCGCGGCGCUGCUCUUUACACCACAAGGGGGUCUCAUCGACGACCUGCGGCUCAUCAGAGACGAUGACAUCCUCUAUGUGUCCGAGGGUGAGGAUUUCCACCCCCCGGCCCAGCCCAGCCCAGGGAUGCGUCCACCUGGCCACGUGGGCUCCCGGACCAUGGCCACCCCCACCCCCGCCGCCGCCCUCCCCUCGGGCUCGCCAGGGCGGGGCGGGGCGGAGGGGCGGGAGUGGGUGACCCUGAAUGUUGGGGGGCGACUGUUCACCACGACCCGGGCAACGCUAGUCACCAAGGAGCCGGACUCAAUGCUGGCAAAAAUGUUUACCCUCGGUGGGGAGUCGCUGGUGCCAAGCUGCCGGGAUGCACACGGGGCCUACCUCAUCGACCGCUCCUACACCUACUUCGAGCCCCUCCUCAACUACCUCAGGAACGGCACCCUCAUCCUCGACCCCGGUGUGAACCCUGAAGGUGUGCUGGAGGAGGCGCGGUUCUUCGGUAUUGAGGGCGCCAUACCUGAGCUGGAGGCAAUGGUGGCGACACGGGAUAACCACCGGGAAAUGGAGCCCCUGCGGAGGAGGCACGUGGUGGAGGCGCUCAUCACCACACACCACCGCCAGGAGCUCAGGUUUCAGGGGGUGAGCCUGCGCUGUGCUGACCUCUCCAAGCUGGACCUGCGGAACAUUAACUUUAAGUUUGCAGACCUCUCCGGGUGUAACCUGUCCGGGGCAAAUCUGAACGGGUGCUGCCUGGAGCGUGCCAACCUCAGCGGCGCCACACUGGAGGGUGCGCAGCUGUUGAAUGUGCGGCUCCUCUGUGCCAACCUGGAGGGCGCUAACCUGAGGGCCUGCAACUUUGAGGACCCAGCCGGCACCAGGUCCAACUGUGAGGGGGUCAACUUGCGCGGGGCGGUGCUGGAGGGGAGCAUGUUGGCGGGGGUCAACCUGCGGGUGGCCACACUGAAGAACGCCAACCUCAAGAACUGUGACCUCCGCGCUGCUGUCCUGGCUGGGGCUGACCUGGAGAACUGUGACCUCUCCGGGAGUGACCUUCAGGAGGCCAACCUUCGGGGCGCCAACUUAAAGGACACGGCCUUUGAGCUCAUGCUGACCCCCCUGCACAUGUCCCAGACCAUGACCUGCGACCUCUGACCUGGGAUGACCCCAGCCUCACCAGCUGCCUCAGACUGCCAGUGUCUCUGAACUCCCGCCAGAAACACACACAAGAUAUCUAGUCCCAAGGAGGAGAGGGAAGAGGCCAGUGCAGCAUCACAUACGCAAGACAGCUGCCGUGUGCCGAGUGGCUGGAGUGUACUGGUGAGUGUGGCUGUGCGCCUGGUGCUGAGCCGCUGUGUGCUCAAAAGGAAGUGAUGUACGUGGGGUGUUUGUGGUUUUUCACAUUCUGUAGUUUUGAUAAAGGUGUGUUUUGACGUGCAGCUGCUGUGGAUGAUGGAAAGGGUUGUGACGUGUCCUAAGUAAGUAAGUGUUUCUGUGUGUGAGUGUGUUUGCACCAAGGUUGAAGUUUUGUAGACAGACAUUUGUUGAUGGAGGUCUCUAGACAGAUUGAUAGUGCCACUCCCUUCAUACUGUGGUUCUGUCUUGUUGCCAGAAAUUAUAAGUUGAAUGACAACUGAUCAACUUGCCGUCAGGAUUCAGUUACAUGUAUUUGCUGUGAAGUAACACUGGUGGUUAUGGGGAGCUUUUCACACACAGAAAGGUUGUUGCAUGUUGUUUGAUAGGAAUUUUGCAGAAGCUUUCGAAUGCCUAGAGCAACCCAGUCAGUCAGUGUGCCACAUGUUAACCACACGACAGCAACCGCUUGCAGCUCAAUAACCUCUGUGUUCAUGAACAUUUGUGACAACCAAGCUCAUUCUACCAUCUGGCGGGUCAGUCAACACCACUCCUUGCUGCGGAGGGGCACUUGGCAGGUCCUUUGGCCCCUCUCUGCCUGCAUCCUGCUCCUCCAUGAGUGGGGAAGGAGGAGUGUUUGAGCCUCCCCACCACUGCUCAAAUUGCCACCACUCCCAGUCGUGGUCAUGGCAGGCCUGUUGUAGAUUUGGAACAUUUCAUUCUUCCUGUAGAGGAGUUCCUCACAUUCAUUGAGUGCAUGACUUGUAACGUGUAGCUCUGUGCUUGCAUGCUGUACACAUUUUUGGACAUUUGGUUCCUAGGACAAACUGUGAUUUAGUUCACCUCUGCCAUAACUAUCAUGCAACUGAUGAGUAACGUAGUGAACCUUUGCCUUAAAUGUUUCAGCUCCUUGUAACAAGUAUUUGAAGCUCUCACACAGGUUGUUGGGAUUGUUAUGGGUGGCUUCAUGAGCCUAGUGAUAAUUUAACAAGGUUUCUGCACCGUGAACAGGAAAAACACCCAUGAAACCCUGCAUAGUCAUCUCUGUGACCCUGGAAAAUAGUUGUGAUGAGAGCCUGAACAGUGAAAAUAUUGGCCAUCGUCCAGCGCUGUGCUGUGCAGGGUGGUGUUGUGGGCACCCGAGGAUGGCGUCUGCCUCACGGGGCAGCUCCAGUUUCUUGACAUGGUAAACAGGGUAGUGUUCAAAGGCUGUUCACCUGAUACCUUUUAAUAUUUAAAUUCUAUUCUCAAAUAAUUUCAUCUCUUGCUCAAAAAAUUUCUUACUACUUUUUUGCAAGUGAUCAUUUUUUUCACUUCUGCACUCCAUUGUAAUAAUCUGCCUUCCUUUUUUCACUCUAUAACUUGACUCUCAUCAGGGGAGGAUGGCUGCAGGAGGUACAUCACUUUUUGUCUUCAUCCCAACAACAUUCUUACAAAUGGCUCAGUGGUGGUCCUCCUCCCUCACCCUAUAGUUGUGCUCCUGCCUCCUCCUUUGCAAUGAGUCUUUGAUGUGCUGUUUUCCAAAUAAGUCAGCUCAUGCUGCUGUGAGUACUCUUCCAUAUAGUGAAGUUGUAGCACAUACCUGUGAUGUAACCUUGGAGCCUCACACAUCUAACUUGUGGCCCCAGUGUGUUUGUGCCUGUGUCUACAAACCUGUACAGUGCUCUCUUCUGUUGGUAGUGCUCUCCACGCCCUGUGUGCACAGUGGAGUGCCCCAGGAGGCUGUGUGUGUACGUUUGUCAUCAACAUUUGCGUGGAGUGUUAGGAUGAUGUACUGUGUAUGUACAUGAGCAUUUUAAUAUUUGAGCUGCAGCAGCUCUGUGAUGGUCUUGUGUGAAGACAAAGAUGACAAUAAAUAGCUGAAAGUAA